UCCAAUACUAAAUCAAAAUGGAGAAAAUGAAAACUACACAUUUGUAGAAUCUAAGGCAUUUGUACAUGUUGGGGAUCAAACAAAUACAAACGUGACAUCUGAUUUCAACAAUUUGAAAUUGUUAACAGAAAUGGAUACAAUUAUUGGAUGUGUAACAGAUUUAUUACCAGAAAAAGAACCACUUGAUAAUCCAAAAGAAGUUAUCAAAUCAAUACAAAUUCGUUUGAAAAACACUAAUUCAGAAGAACACAUAAGAGCAAUUUCUGAUGCGAUACAGGUAGCACGACACCACCCGAAAUUAUUAAAACUCCAUAUGAACUCGAUUAAUCGAAAAAUUGUUCAAUUGCUUAAUGGUCAACGAAUUUUUGAUGUCCGAUUAGCGUGUCAGUCGGCUGGUGAACUUUUUAGGACAAUGCGGUGUACAGAUCGACCAUUAUUUGAUAACAUUGUUACUGGACUUAUGAACCGUACAGCAGAUAAGAAUCAAAACAUCCGUAUUGAUGCAAAUUGGGCACUUGAUAAAAUGGUGAUCAGCAUCCCACCGCUGUAUUCCAUAAAAUCAAUAGCCAACUGUAGUCAACACAAAAAUCCGGCUGUUAAAAUAGCACAGUUGCGAUUGAUGCAUUGUGUUACUGUAAUUGCCGAUCCAAUGAAAAUAUUAACUGGAAUAGCUGGACUAAAAAAAGCUAGACAAUUAAUUCUUAAAAGUUGUGUAGCUACAAUAGAAGAUGCUAACGCAGAAAUUAGGUUUCUGUCAAAAAAGCUCAUGCAACUUUUAAAAAGUACUUGCUAUGAAAGUUUCUGCUCGUCAUUAGUUCAGGAUAUUAGUUGGGACGAACUCAAAAUUGCUGGAAAGAAUUUAGAUAUGGAAGACUUAGCAGCUGAUAUUUUGAAGAAAAAUAUUAAAUGAGCCAGUUUUGCGGUGAUCAUUUAUGAAACUAUUUGAACUACCUAUUUGGAUGUUUAUUGAAAUAAAUAUAUAUUUUUUGUAGUUAUUGGUAAAUAAUGAUGAAUAAAGUUUCAAAUGUUGAAGUAUUAUUAUAUACAAUGAUGUCAAACAAAUUUAAUUACAAUGAAGCAACUAGCAAGUGUUGAUGAAACACAAAUUGCUUUUAAAUGAUUAUUAAAUAUCUGGAUAACGUACUAACGUGUUAAGACGAUAUUACGGUAAGUUAUAAUUUAGAAUUGUGGACCACUGCGAAUGUUAAGCGUGGUAGCAGAACAAAUAACCAUGUUAUGAAUGAUUUAUUUAAUGUAAAUAAUCAGAGCUCUAAGUUACUAUAUAUAUAUAAGUACAUAACAGUUAUAUUAAUCAAACCUAGGUAUGACUACCAGCUAUAUGUCUAUACAGGAUGUAACAAA